GCCGAGUGUCCCAGGCUUGUCGCUCCGCACCCUGCGCGCCUUCCGCUGCAGCCAGCGGCUUCCUCCUGGCGCGGCCGGGGCGGCGAGUUCUCUAGGCCGGCGCGUCUCUAUGGCUGCAGGGGCGUUAGUUCCGCAGGCUGGCUCAGCACCAUGGCUCAGGCGAAAGAAAAUGUCAGUUUAUUCUUCAAGCUCUACUGCUUGGCAGUGAUGACUCUGGUGGCUGCAGCUUACACCGUGGCUUUAAGAUACACACGGACAACAGCUAAAGAACUCUACUUUUCAACUACAGCCGUGUGCAUCACAGAAGUUAUAAAGCUACUGAUAAGUGUUGGACUCUUGGCUAAAGAAACUGGAAGCUUGGAUAGAUUUAAGGCGUCUUUAAGUGAAAAUGUCCUGGGGAGCCCCAAGGAACUGGUGAAGUUAAGUGUGCCGUCACUGGUGUAUGCUAUUCAGAACAACAUGGCUUUCCUAGCUCUGAGUAACCUGGAUGCAGCAGUCUACCAGGUGACCUAUCAACUGAAGAUUCCCUGUACUGCUUUAUGUACCGUUUUAAUGUUAAAUCGAACACUCAGCAAAUUACAGUGGAUUUCGGUUUUUAUGCUGUGUGCUGGGGUCACACUUGUACAGUGGAAACCUGCCCAGGCUACGAAAGUCGUGGUAGAGCAGAACCCAUUAUUAGGCUUCUGUGCCAUAGCUAUUGCCGUCUUGUGCUCUGGGUUUGCAGGAGUUUAUUUUGAAAAAGUUUUAAAGAGUUCAGACACUUCCCUUUGGGUGAGAAACAUUCAGAUGUAUCUGUCUGGGAUUGCUGUGACGUUAGUUGGUGCCUACUUGUCAGACGGAGUUGGAAUUAAAGAAAAAGGAUUUUUCUAUGGUUACACAUAUUAUGUCUGGUUUGUCAUCUUCCUUGCUAGUGUUGGCGGACUCUACACCUCUGUUGUGGUCAAGUACACCGACAACAUCAUGAAAGGCUUCUCCGCAGCCGCCGCCAUUGUUCUUUCGACCAUUGCCUCAGUCAUCCUGUUUGGGUUACAGAUAACACUUUCCUUUGCAAUGGGAGCUCUUCUUGUGUGUGUUUCCAUCUAUCUCUAUGGCUUACCCAGACAAGACACCACAUCCAUUCAACAAGAAGCAACUGCAAAAGAAAGGAUCAUUGGUGUGUGAUUUGAAUCUUAACUGUACCUAUAACGACUUAACUGUUGAUAAUAAAUUAGAGCCUUAAGUCAACCCCAGAUGGUAGCUUAAACGGUAUCAAUGGAUUAAGUAUAUGACAUAAGAAUCAAGAAGGAAACUGAAUGAGUGAAGUGCUAAAACAGAUUUGAAUAUGUUUGGUGUCAAGCUCUAUUACUUCAGAAUGAAGGACUUUACUACAAAGUGUGUGUGAGAGAGAGUGUGCGUGAGUGCAUGCGUGUAUGUAUACUGUGUACAGGGAGCAUUCAGUUGACAUGGUAUCAGGACUACAUGCAUGUGUCUCAUGUACACAGAGCAGAGGUGACAAUACAGGGUCAGAACAUCAGGUGAAACUACAACAUUCAGUCGACAAGGUUGAGACGGUGUCUGAAGGUUCAAGUGCCAAAGCCACUUCUGUACACACUGUUUUCUUGUUCAGGUACCGGGAGAGGAGGGUGAACCUUCCUGGUCUAGAUCAUGGAUAGUACUUUGUCCAGGUAGCAGUAAAGUCUAGCUUCUCUUAUCAAAGUGAAGAAUGAAUAAGACAAGACAUUUGAGAACAAAACUCAGUGUGUAAACAGAAUCUGCUUCAUAGCUCAGACACUGACUUCUGUCUGGGAACUUCAGUGCUGUAUUUGUGCCAGUCACUGUCUGGUUCAUAUUUCUUUGCUGUUAGCUGAUAUACUUUUCAGAAAAUUUUCUAAGUCGCUUUUAUACUUUCUUUUUUUAUAAAGUAUGGUUACCUGUUGGGCUCUGAAUUUGUGAACUUGCAGUGAUUUCAGUGAUUUUAAAAUAUUUCUAUAAUGUUAAUGGGGAAAUCCAGCAAUAAAUUUAUUUAUAU